AUGGCAGAGGCGCAUGCAGAGACGGCCGAGCUGAAGCCCCGGAAGAACGUCAAGAUCGUGUCGAUUGACCUGCAGCCCAUGGCGCCCCUCGAGGGCAUCACUACCCUCAAGGCCGACAUCACCCACCCAUCCACCAUCCCUCUCCUCCUCCGUGCUCUGGACCCCGAUGCCUACGACUCCUCAUCCGCCUCGCCCUCUGCUCUCCGACCCCCACACCCCGUCGACCUAGUCAUCUCGGACGGUGCGCCCGACGUGACCGGCCUGCACGACCUUGACAUCUACAUUCAGUCGCAGUUGCUCUACGCCGCGUUGAACCUCGCCCUGGGCGUCCUGCGGCCCGGAGGCAAGUUCGUCGCCAAGAUCUUCCGCGGCCGCGACGUUGACAUCAUCUACGCCCAGCUGCGCACCGUCUUCGAGAAAGUCAGCGUCGCAAAGCCGAGGAGCAGUCGGGCAAGCAGUCUGGAAUCGUUCGUGGUCUGCGAAGGCUUCAUUCCCCCAGCCAUCCACGACGGCGUGGUCGGUAUGGAAGCACUGAAGAACCCGGUAUUUGGCGGCGCAGCGGUGCCGCGCCCAGUGUCUGGAAAUGGCAACCUCGGCGUAGAGGUCAUGGACGAGGAGUCUGGAGCGGUUCGCCAGACGGUGACGAAGAUGACAGCUGUCUCGGCUGCAGACGCGGCAAACGGCCAGGAAUCGCGCAUGCUGCAUGAGGACUCGCACACGUCGUCGGUCCCCGAACCCCUUGCCUACAAACCCGUGUCGGAAAAGUUCGCGGUCGAGAACCGGUGGAUUCCGUCUUUCAUUGCCUGUGGGGAUCUGUCGUCCUGGGAUUCGGAUGCGAGCUACACCCUCCCGCCGGGCCAUCAAUACCCAUCUAUUAAGCUCGGUGGCCUCGAUGUUUUAGUACUGUGGUGUACGCCAGAAAUUCGCCCUCCAGCUUGUGCCUUUGUCAUGGAGGUCGUGAAUCCCGAUAUCAUUCACUACUUCAAGAUAGAGCUACUAUGUAGCAAUCCAAAUAUCUCCUCCACUAUUCGACCGCUCCUUGAGAGACGGACAACCCCUCUAAUUUUGGAUCUCUUCCUGGAACUCGUUGUCUUCAACCGCAGCGAUCCCAUCUCCUCCGACAGGCGAGGAGUCAUUCUCCAUCGGCUUCUCCAGCAACCGGUCCCACCAGUACUCGCAGUUUCCAUAGUAGCAUCUUCCCACUCCACACCGCUGCACCAGAAGCGCAAAGUACGGACGUCGGCAUUGGUAAAUUGCAUUAAGGUCGACAACUCGGAAGUCUUCAUACGUCGUGAAUAUGCGGAAGGGUUCAUGGAGACGCAUGUCAGCACUUACGAUGGUGGAAUCGGAGGACGCUCCCGGUGUAGUAGUGUCCCACGACGCAGGGAAUGCUCCGUUGGGCCGAUGUCACGGCCGCCAGUGUAA